GGGGGAAGUGGCGCGGAACGUGAUGCUGCCAACAUUGCAGGAGUGCCUUACCCAGCCUUUGUCGCAUUAAAAAUGCGGAAACAAAAAAAGGACAGACGAAUAGUAUGUAAUAUUUAUAUAUCACCAAUGUGUUAGCUUAACAAUAUGUCAAUAGUUAAUAGUCUCGCCAACGAAAGGUAAGGGUAGUGCGUUGACCGUUGCCUACACUUGUAAACAUUCUGCUUUGAAUAAUGUCGGAAUUCCACAAUGGUUGACUUUCCCGCACUUGGACUUUUUGUGGCGGUUUUACUUAAUUUUCAGCAGGUUGAUACGGCCGGGGAAGUUUUGUCGCGACAAGACGCAGGGAAAUGUAAGCGGAACGAGGUAUUCAACACCAUUUCACUACAAUGCAUUCCCUGCGAAGAACAGCAUGGACUGGCAUCUGUAGAUGGUGCUUCCUGUGUGUGCGCACCACACUACAAGAUGGUGAAGUGGGAUGGUGCUGGGACACCUGUUUGUGAGAGGUGUGCUGAAAAUCACAUUGUGACACUGGAUGGAUUGGACUGUGUUCCAUGUAAUUUUACCAACCUUCAAAUAAAUAAUAAUUAUAAUGAGUCAAAGAUAUGUUCACCAUGUUCUGCAUCAGAAAUAAGAGUUGAACGAAGCUUAAAUGGUACUUUAAAUUCAUUUGCUUAUUGCCUUCAGUGUGCUCCUAAUUUUAUUCCAUCACCGGACAAAACUGAAUGCACAAGAUGCCCAAUUAUUCCUUCGUUCGAAAACUGUACGUGCCCACUUAUCUCCCAUGAAUUAGUAAACAAAAUCUACUGCAUUCCAAGGACAUAUCUCCUUGACUUUCCUGAUGACAGAUCAACUUAUACAGUUGAAUACUCUUCAGGAGUGAAAGUUGAUUCCACUUUUCUGAGAAACAACCUUCGCCUUGCUGCUUAUCAGUGUAAAUUGAAAAAUCAUUCUGCUUGCCAAGCUGUGGCUAAUAUGUGUGUAAUGGUAAUGUUUCGUGAUGGCUAUCGUGGUAGUCCAUGUAAUUUUUUCCGUGAUGCCAAGCACAUUCCAACAUCUGAAGCAGGCCAUUUACCGUGGAUCUUUUAUGGUGAUGGUGAUGCCCAAACAGUACUUUCAAAGAAGAAAAUAAUGUCUACGUACAGCCUUGACAGCUCUUCCAAGAACAAUAUAGUUAACUUGACUGCAGCAAAAUUUGCACCUACCGGCCAACUCCUAGGACUUGCUCCGGCCACAUUGGAUUUAUUGAGCUUAUGCUCAGGAUCGUGGGGGCCUAUUAGAUUUGGUGCUCAUUUUAAACAAGAUUGUGUUGUGCCUGCAAACAUGAUAUUCUCUGUUGGACAGGCUGCCACAUUUUAUGAGUUAUAUUUGCAGUAUUGGGAUAAAGGUGAAUCGGUUUUGUAUGCAUUACCUGUGUUGGUUUUAAAUUUGAAGGAUGGUACCCGCUAUCCCAAUAAGGAAGCUGAUAAGUUAGGAUGGCAACUUGUAAGGCGCUUCUUUCUUUCUGAAGCAGUGAGUGGUCUUAGAAAUAAACCAGAUUCUGAGGGUAAUCCAGAUAUUGAGGAGACAAAAAUUCCUGUUGUGUUACAAUAUGCUAAAUCAUUAAGUCUAAGGAUUAAAGUUCAAAGUGGAAUUGAUAUAGGUAAAGUUUAUCCCCCCCUUUUAAUUAUUGAGUAUGCAGAACUUUCUGGUGAACAGUUGAAAAAUAAUGUGAUGGUUCCUCUUCAUGUCGAUAUCAGUUUUGAAUCUGAAAAUAAAUUGGCUCAUGCUAUUGAGGUAUCAAUUAUUGUCUUAUCAGUUGUAUCUAUUGUCUGGGCUGGUAUUCAGACGCUUUCAUACUCCCGUAGAGCAGGAAAAGUUGGUGUUGAUCAUGCCUCAUUGUUUCGCCUAGUUUUACUGGCAUGUGGACGGUUGUCGGAUUCAUUUUUUGUUACUGUUGCUGGGGCAGCAACUCAUACAUUUCUAUUUUACAAAGGCCAAUCUGUCCCACACAUGCUUCUGCCAGGUCCAUAUGAAGAAUACCUUAUUAGCACAUAUGUUAUAGUAGCUUUUUCAUUAAAGUUUGUUGAAGUGGCUUGUAUGAUAUGGCAUCAAAUUUCCAUUGAUAUAUUUCUCAUGGAUUGGGAACGACCUAGAGCAAGUGGAAAUCUUCCUCGACCUCAAGUAAAUGGAUCUUCUUCACUUCAUAAUACUGUACCAGAGUCUCACAAAGUGUCUAUUUGGAGAACGUACUUUGUGGCCAAUGAGUGGAAUGAAAUCCAAACUGUUCGCAAAACAAGUCUCUCUCUACAAUUGCUUGUUGUAAUGUUGUGUCUCAAGGUUUUUGGAUGGGAAAAAUGGACUUUGGCAGUACCAGACAGCAGUUUUCUGUCUCCUGGUUUCACAGGACUUUCACCCUCAAAUCUUAUAUGUCGGUUUGCUUUAGCAAUUCUGGUAUACUUAGGUGUAUAUGUCUUGCAGUGGCUCUUCCUAGUUGGAUUAUAUGAAAGAUUUUUUAAAAAUUUUAUCCAAGACUUUGUAGAUGUAUGUUCUAUGGCAAAUGUCAGCGUUUUUAUAUUAGCCCUUGAGAAUUUUGGUUAUUAUGUGCAUGGGAGAUCUGUUCAUGGAUUUGCCGACACUGACAUGCAAACCAUGCUUGGGCAGCUGCAACGAGAGGAGGAUGAUUUAGUUGGUCACAGGGGCCUCCUACCAUCUACUGAGCAACAAACCUUCCAAAUGAUGAUACCUUCCCAAUUGAGAGCCUGUUAUCGAAAAGUCAUGGCUCCUCUUACAUUGUCUAUUGCUCCAUCUUCAAAAAGACUCUCAAGUAUUACUGCUCAGCGAAAGCCCUUGGGUACAACUGUUGACAGGAGUGUACAAGCAUACCACAGUAUGAAUAAACUACUUGCUGCGUUUUUGGAGCAUGCUCUGAAAGACCUUGAUUAUGAAGUGCGAUCCAAACUUUUUUUAGAGUCAGUUCUUGAUAUGGAAUUUGCGCAAACUCAGGAUAAAGGAGUGUUGUACAUAGAUAACGGCCAUUCAUUUGAUGCUGUUCUCUUUUAUGGAAACGAGUGGACACUACUCACAUUUGAUCUCAUGUUAUUCACAUUCAUUGAUCUCAUGUGCAAUAAUUAUUUGUUAGCUGCCAUCAUUACUGGUCUUGUCGCCGAGGCUCUUGUAUUUACAAGAAAAGUUGGAGGAAGGAAAAACUUAGCCAAGAAAACUCUUAUUGAUGAAAGGUUCCUCAUUUAAGACCAAAAACUACAAUUAUGUACAAUUGUGUGAACUUAUUUUGAUAUUUUUUUAACGGUUUGUAUCUAGUUUAAGUGUUUUGUGUGGGAAUGAAAUAUGAAAAGGAUAAACAAAGAGGUUCAUAAUCAAAAAUUCAGUCAUAUAUUUUGAUUCAAUAGCCAUGAAUACUACAAGACUUUGCAUUUGUCAUUUUUGUGCAUACUUGAAAAAUAAGGAAGUCAUAUAUGUACCUUUGGAAUGUAUACUAUUUACAAAUUUACAACAUUAUAAAAUAAAUCUGGGAAAAUAUUAUACCUUUUGUACAGGUUUGCUAA